AUAAUUUGGAUUUUCAUUGGUACACGUUUUAUCUCUUUUCUCUAUCUAGUUACUUAAGUUACUAUGUUGAGGCAAAGAAAGGUGGCGAACACACAUGAUAUGAUAUAACAACUUAUUUAACAAUAAAAUUAAGCGGGUCGCAUAGUUAUCUAAAUAUUUCUUAUUCUUAUUGAUAUUAAUCAAUCAAAGGUCUCUGCCAUAUUUUGUCACAAUGCUACAACUCUACUCUUUCCCAAGCCAGGGUACGGAAAAUCACAGUUUAAGUGAUGAAAACUGAAAAGAAAAGGUUUAAAACACGCAGAUGUCGCUGACCGUCACCACUUCCUGCGGCUCUAUUUCAGCAACAACGACGAACUAUGCUUGGUUUAUUUUGAAAAGGCAAAAAUGCAGCAACAGAACAACUUGCGCCUUAAUAGGUUGUCCUUACCGCCGCAGUUAGCACCAGAAGCAGUGCAAAGGUCGCCUACCCUGGCUAGAGUACACAGAGCCACCCUUAAGCUGGAAGAGCCACACCUUUUCAAUUUCACCAUUGACGACGAAGAGGAAGAGGAAGAUGUCAAGCCUCCCAUCCCAGAAGAUGCGGCCUCAGCAAACAGCGCAAGCGAGACAACUUUGAUAAAGGGUCCACUAAUCACACCAGUACAGGGCAUAUUUUUCAAGUCAUGGAAGGAACGCUACUUCCUUCUGACCAGGGAUUUUCUAAGUUGUUUCAAGAUGACCGCUCGAGGACCCUCCACAAUGGGAGCCUUCCUUUUUAAGAUUAGAUUAGCUGAAAUUAAGUCUGUGGAGUGGUCAAAUUCACGCAGCGACGCCCUAGGCACCAUCACCUUAAAUUUAGGCCCAGUUCUAGUUUCGCCCGUGGACGAGAUCUCCCGGCCUGAGUUCAAAAAGGGCCCUUGCAUGAACUUGAGCGAGGAGCCAAAAAGACCACCGAUCCAACUAAGGGCACCUCAAGGGGUCAAGGAGGCUGUUUUGUACGAUUGGUUCGAAGCAAUAGAGGAAGCCAUAGAAACGAGCAAGCUUAGAAGAGCAGCCAGGUCAGCCUCGUUUGGAAGCAACUGUUCCAAAAAGAAACCCAGCACGCCAAUAGUUAGCCAGCGUUCUUUAAGAAUUUGAAUGACACUUAUCGGAAUUGUUAGACACGGAAGUGAGAAAAUGUUCAAUAAUAAUAUAAAUCGAUCAAAUGAUUUUGUAAUAUGGAUUAGGAUUAGAGAGUGAUUUAUUUUAAUUUUCUGAAGAUAAAGUAUUUAUAGAAACUUAAAAUCGGUCGUACUGUUUUUAAAUAAAAAUGGGCAUUGACAAUAAUAGUCAAAUAUCCUUUCCAUAUAUUUCUCAAUUAAUGUAAAAAAGGGUAGGAAAAUUGUGCAAUCAGCAAAACCACUGGCUUUAGCGACUUUUUAUUGAGCUUGGGCUUAUGCUUAGUGGCAAAAUUAAAAAUGCAAUCUAGAUGAUUUGGGUUUUCAUGUAUUUAUUGUAUUUUAAAGCGCUUUUCAGACAGGAUGUUUCCAUUCUCACAUUCUUUAAAUCAAUUUUAAAUUUGAUAACUACAGCAAUCACUUGGUUUGUAAUUGUGAGGAAAUUAUGUUGAUGUUUUUCAUGUGCGCUUUGUGGAUGGUGACUCCCCGUCAUUUCAUAAUGUUAUUGCAAAACAAGAAGCAGGAUGAACUUGUGGAACUUUUCAAUUCCCCUCAUACCAGUAAUAAAAGUCGAUGUUCGUUAAAAAACAAAA